AUGGCAACGAAAGACAAACUUCAACUAAUUCGUCUUACCCUCAUAAUACAUGAUGUUGAUACAUCAAUUACACAAGCAGAUAUUGAAGAAGCUAUUCAACACAUUAUGGGUAUAGUUUCAUUUGAGUUCCAUGAGGGUAAACCUUAUAAUAACGAUGGCACACUAGUAAGAAAAGUUUAUUUAAAUUUCGAAAAUGAACGAAAAUUGAAUGAAUUAAUGAAGAUUGGUUCAAUAAAAGUUUAUAAUAAAUCCUUUCGUAUAUCACGAUAUAAUCCUAGAGAUAUUCCACUGUCAGGAAACAUGACUCAGUUUUUGUUAAUCAAAAUAUCUGAAAAAAAUAAUCAAAAGAAAACCUUAAAAGAUCUUACUGAAUCUAAUAUUAAUGAAUAUUUUGGAAGAUUCGGUAAAAUUAUUAAUUUUCAAUGGAAUGAUGAACAUGAAGCAAUUCUUAAAUUUCAACAUUAUGAUAUUGUUGAUCAAAUCAUUCUAACUAACCUUUCACAUGAAAUCAAUGGAAUUAUAAUUGACGUUGUAAAAACUCGAAACAUUCAAACAAGUAAUAUUAUUCGUAGUACUGGAAUUCCAUUUUGUAUUCAUGUAACUAAUAUACCUCCUGAUGUAACAGGUGAAGAGUUGUCGCAAAUAUUUAAUAAACCUGUUGCCAAUAUUGUUAUUAAACCAGGAUUUCGACGUUAUGAAUCUUUAGCAUCAGACAAAUCAGUAGAUAGUGAAGCUUGGAUUAAUAAUAUUGGUGAUGAGAGACAAGCACGAAAUUUAGCUAAUAAAAAUUCAAAUAAAACAUUACACGGAUUUCAAAUAAAGUGUGAUGUUACUUCUGAACCAAUUUAUCCGUUUGAAUUAUGUAGAAAUUAUAGAACCGGCUUAUGUAAUUAUGAAAUUAAAUGUUUUUUUAAACAUAUUAUGUGCAAUCAACCGGAGAAUUGUCCUGAUGAACAAUGUCCUUAUGGGCAUAGUCGAAAACGACAAGUAACAUCAAAUAUUGAAGAUGACGAUGAAGAAUGUAAAAGUAAUUUUUAUCGACUAAGAAUAAGUAAUCUUCCAAUAACAGCAAACAAGGAAGGACUAGUGAAAUUAUUAAAAGUAAAAGAUGAACAUAUUUCACGGAUCAUAUUGAAUGAAGGUCAAGAUAAAAAUUCAUCAUCAACUGUUGCAUAUCUUAUUCAUCAACGAUCAGUAAAAUAUCUUCAAAGUCUAAUUUGUCGAUUACAUGAUAAAUAUUAUUCAAAUAGUGUACCAAAUAAAAUGAAAUGUCAAGUAGAGAUCAAUGCAGAUCUUUUAAAGAGGGGUGAUAAAUGUGAUUCCGAUGAAUGUUUUUCAACAACUGAUUAUAAUCAAUCGAAAAAAUCAAAAUCUCCACGACGUUGUGAACUAGAUACAGAAGAACUAAAUCAUAACUCUUCAGAAGAAGACUCUCAUAUGAAAGAAUCAAAUGAAAUGCAUUCAAAAAGUAAGAUAAAACUUAUAUCCUGAAAUGAAGGCUACGAGCAUUAGAAAACAUCUCAUCUAAUCAAAUAAUAUUAGUCAACUGUGUGUCUUAAAAACAUCAGUGUCAGAACUCCUACCACAGAAGAGAGAUGCUACAGCGUGUGACCACUAGAGAGGCACAUCUAGAGGCACUAGUACAAUUCGUCGCACGACAAUUCGUCGCGUACAAUUCAUCGCAAUCAAUUCGUCGCACGAUCAAUUCGUCGCACGACAAUUCGUCGCAAAACAAUUCGUUGCACAUGUAUUGUAGAGAAUACAUUGAUUGAAUUAAGUGAUUUUGUUUAGAAUGUUAUCUAAUUAAUUGCCUAAACAAAAAUUUUUCUUUAAAUUCUUAGGAGUCUUUUUCAGAAUACAAUGGUUUUUCAAAAAUAAAAUAGAGAUAUCAAUUUAAAGCCUAUUUUAAAAUUUAAUUUAAAAAAAUUGAAAUUUGAUUAUAAAUAAAAUUCUAUGUAGAUAAAUGAAAAAUACAACUCAUUUUUCCAAUUGAAAUUUAACUUUUUAUUUAAAAAACGCUGAAAAUUAAAACAAAAAUAUAAAAUUGAAAACAAAUCUUACAAAUCUAAAUUAAAAAAAAUAAAGUUUUUUAUUUACUGAAAACAUGAAUUUUAGGGGUCAAACAAACUAGAAAAAUUAAAACUGAAUUAACCACUAAUUCGUCUUAAAAAGAUGAUUUAAAUCUGAAUUAAUCAAUCACGAUUCUUAAUUCAGUUUUAAUUUUUCUUGUGUGUUUGACCCCUUAAUGAAAGAAAAAUGAAAUUUAUUUUUAAUUUGUCUACAUAUAAUUUUAUUUAAAAUCAAACUUUAAUUUUUUUUAGAUUAGAUUUCUGAAAUUUUUUUCGAUUUUAUAUUUUUGUUUUAAUUUUCAGCUUUUUUUUAAAUAAAAAGUUAAAUUUCAAUUGGAAAACAUGAAAUUUAUUUAAAAUCGAUUCUAAAUUUUUUUAAAUUAAAUUUUAAAAUAGACCUUAAAUUGAUAUCUCCAUUUUAUUUUUGAAGAACCAUUGUAUUCUGAAAAAGACUCCUAAGAGUUUAAAGAAAAAUUUUUCUUUAGGCGAUUAAUUAGAUAACAUUCUAAACAAAAUCACUUAAUUCAAUCAAUGUAUUCUCUACAAUACAUGUGCAACGAAUUGCUUUGCGACGAAUUGAUCGUGACGAAUUGAUCGGUCACCCAUCUAGACUCAUCACAAGCCCAUCUUACACUUCCAACACAGUCGCAUAAAACGAUCUUUCUUCAAUAAAAUGAAUUUCCUUUAAGGGGAAACAACACUAGAGAAACUUCACUAAUUGAUACAUACUAAGGUUACGUAUAAAUGUAUACAUCCCUAUUCAGGAAAGAGAACUUAAGAGAACUUAGAAAUUUUGCACUCAUGGAAGGUAUGACCCAUGCAAAAAAAGCAAGGCAAAUAAUCCGAUUAAAAUCGAUUAUAAUUGGUGUACGAGUUAGUUUCUCGAUGACAUCUAUUACAAAUAAUUACAUUUGAUUUUAUCCAUUUUUUUAUCAAUAUUUUGCGUGCAACUGAUCCUUGUUGAAUGAGGUUGGAAAUCUUCGCGCUCUGUUGUAGAUGUUACCUGAAGUGUUAUUCGUCAUUCUUGAAAAAUUUACUACAGUUGUUUUUGGCCAUAAACAGUUGUAUUUCUUUUCUUUAGGAAAAAAGACUGAGGAAAUAUCACCUUUCGAACAAAUAUGCACAAAAGAUUACGAAACAAUAGUUUAAGAUCAAAAGCAAUCGUCAAAAUCGUCUAUUCAAGUCAACUUUUUUUGAAAACUAACGAAAUAUGGGUAUAGGUGCUGAAGUUGAAGUCAAAAAGAUCCGGACUGCGCAACAACAUCACAUUCACAUCCUACCGUCUUUUGAUCUAUUAUAUUGCUGAACACGUAUUUUCCCUGUUUCAUACAAGAAGUUUUUUAUUUGGGUUCGAAAAUAAAUAAAAUUUUAAAAAUUUUAUCAGCAU